CUCUAGUACUCUAGCAUCCUCCGCCACGCCCUCUGGCAGACUCGCAGCGUAUCGCAUAAUGUACUCCCUACGCAAUCGUGUUGCUCUGAUUACGGGCGGCUCUCGGGGAUUGGGAGCUCUCGUGGCCCGGAAAUACGCCGCAGAGGGCUGUAAUGUCGCCAUCAACUAUGCCUCGAGCAAGGACGCUGCCGAAAAACUCGCCGCGGAGAUUCGGGAGCAGUACAAGGUCAAGGCGAUUACUAUACAAGGUGACGCCAGCCAAAGGAUCGACUGCAUCAAUGCCGUCAAUGCCACCAUUGAACAGUUGGGUGGUGUAGACAUUGUUGUAUCCAAUGCGGGUUGGACCAAAAUCACCAAUUUCGCCGACUUGGAUGCAAUGGACGAUGACGAUUGGGAUAAAUGCUGGUCAACCAAUGUGAAGGGCCACUUCUAUCUUUUCAAGGCGGCACUGCCCACAUUCAACGCCAAUCCCGAUGGUGGCGUGUUCCUCUUGACAUCGUCAAUUGCGGCUACUACAGCGACUGGCAGUAGCCUGCCCUAUGCCGUUACCAAAGCUGCCGGCUUGCAUCUGGUGAAAUGCCUUGCGCAAACCCAAGGCAGCAAGGUCCGCGUGAACGCGGUCCUGCCUGGCCUCCUGCUCACGGAAUGGGGCCAGCGCUUCUCUGCGCAAGCAAUUGAGGGUUGGACCCAAAAGGCGGUCCUUAAGAAGGCGCCCGAGUUAGAGGACACUGCGAAUACCUAUGUGAUGCUUGCUCAGAACACAUCCAUGACUGGACAAGCGAUAACGAUCGACUCCGGCUUUGCGAUCAGGUAAAUCCCAACACUUGCGAGAUGGAGGCUUCGGGGCCGCGUAGGACACCGGCCGUUUGCUAUCAAGAAUAAUCAGAGCCGGCUUUGCAGUGUUAGCGAUAUAAUACAGAGUGAGA